AUGAAUAAGACUGCCAACAGACCUACAAUGCCAUGGUCUGCAUCACCGGCAUUGGCAAGAACCGUAGAGGAGAGCCGGCUUGAUCCUCGGGCGAACCCAGAAUCUGGAACCACGGAAUUGGACGAAUCUUUCCUUGAACUGACCACGUACCAAGGGAGAGAAUUUCAAAAUUACUCCUUGGAAAAUAGCAUUUAUUUUGGGCCUGUUGACGAUGUUAUCGGAGUAGAUAUAUCUCCACAUAUGAAGCCGGAUGACACUCCUGAGAACCUGUGGCUGCAGUGUAACCAGGUUGAUGACCUGAAUCGAACGUUCACAUUUCCACCAAACCAUUUCGACCUUGUUCACUCGAGGCUUAUCGCUUCUGGAUUGCAUCGACAGAGAUGGCCGAGAUAUAUUAGGGAUAUCAAAAGAACCCUGAGGCCUGGUGGCUGGGUACAGAUGGCCGAAAUGUAUUUCAAUGUCCAAUCAGAUAACGGUACAAUCACGAAUGAUCACGCCUUGAGGCAGUGGAGUUCGAGAUACGCUCGAAGCAUCGAGGACGUUAAAGAUCCUAGGGUUGCAAUGAAUUUGGGAAACCUCUUAACAUCUGCAGGAUUUGUCAAUGUUGAAACGAAAUUGAUCAAUAUCCCAUUAGCUGCAUGGUCAAACGAUCCCAGGAUGCGCGAGAUAGGAAGUUUAAAUAGACUCAAUGUCUAUCGUCUUUUUGGAUCGUUGGCAUUGUAUCCGCUUAUGAAGCGAUUGCAUAUGUCUCGAGAAGAAUUUGAGGUACUUGUAGCACAGGCUCGCAUCGAGGUAGAUAACCUCUCACUUAAAGCAUACUUCCCGCUAUACGUUUCCAUCGGCCAAAAGCCGUAA